CCGUACACACACAGAGUAGCCAUAGAUUAAUAAGUAUUGCGGAAGCGUAGACGCGUCUUAUCCUCCACUCUUUAUCUUUUUGCUUUGAACGGUUCAUUGGUGUAUCAUGACAUCCAAGUCGCCGCUACUCCGGCUUCCGCGUGAGCUUCGCGACAAAAUCAUCGCAAACGUUUUCAACGAUUCAAGGCCGCAGACAACAGUCGACUUCAAGCGUUAUAGCGUCGCUGAUGGAAAAGAAAUAACACCACCCUACCUCUCCCUCCCAGCUCUCUGCAAAACCUCGCAACAGUUGUACUAUGAAGCGACGCCCGACUUCCUGAGUCGUAUCACGCCAGCCCUUUACAAUAUCGAAACCAUAUGCUGGUUCCAGAAUUGGCUCGCAAGCUUUCCGUCCAACUCCGGGUUCCGAGCGAUACGCCAGCUCGCCUUCCGCAACUUCCAUGGACCCGAGCAGAUCAAGGGCUACGAGCUGAUUGCUCUGUGCACGAACCUACGCUCUCUCAAUAUCAAGUUUGGCGACGAGUAUGCCAGUCCAGGAACCAUUCCCUCCUUGGCCAUUACGUCGCUCAGCAGCUCGGUGAACGCGUACGAGAACCUCGAUAACAUCAUUUACAUACAUCAGCUGUACAGACUUUUAGAUAUUUCCAGGCUUGAGCGAUUGGAAUUUGGCUUCCAUGACUGGGAGCAGCCAAUCAGUGUCGAUCGAGCGCGAGAGGUGAUGGAAUGGCUACGCGACAAGUUUCAGGCGAUCGGAAGAACCGUGUACAUUGAGUGCAAACAAAUGAUGUAUGUUGAGGACUCGGACGGCGAAUUUGGUUGCUCGUUUGAUCCUAAUGAUUAAAAGGAGGAAAGGGAAUGGGGAAAGGCCUAGCACGAUACAAUCCACUGUCAACAGCAUAGAAGAAUGCGAAUACGACUGGAAAGACGAAGCAAAGGGUUGCAACGAUACAUGACUCCUCUAGUCUCUAGAAUGACACUGUACCUGUUAGCCCAAAUUGUAAGAUGCACGCCCUUCACUUCCGUUGUCCGGAUACCCUCCGACAAUUGAGUAUUUAGCCUAGAAGAAUAAAUUGCUAUACGCUGCUCAAGGCUGCACAGCUGGCU